CGCUCACCUGAGGCAAGAGGAGCGCGCGGAAGACGCUGUGGCAAGCGCCACCGGACCACCAAACACAGACGCCAGCCGCUGGGAAGCCGGUCCACCAGCGGGCGAGCGCUCGUGCGCCUGCGCGGGAGGGCGGGACUGCGUAGGGCGCACGCGCACCUGCUGGGAGCGCCAAGGCUUGAGUUCCUGCUGGAAUGCUGCCCCUCUGGUGUCUGGUUCCGGGCUCCUUUACUGUGGUUUUCUGAUCCAAACUCGUCUUAGGAGGUUUCUCGGCCUCCGCUCCCCAUCUAGAGUGUAGUGAGGAGCAGAGCUGGGCCUCCGGGGUCAGGUUCCCCGGUGGAUGGAUCGAGAGACCCGCCUCUUUGCCGAGCGGCACUACCGGGCUCGGGGCCGAGUCCCUGACUGCAGCGGGCCCGCACCCAGCAGUGUGACCUUCAUUCAGGCGCCGGACGCCUUCUCCUACGCUGACUUCGUGAAGGGCUUCCUGCUGCCUAACCAGCCCUGCGUGUUUUCCAGCGCCUUCACUGAGAGCUGGGGCAGCCGGCGGCGGUGGGUGACGCCGGCGGGGAAGCCUGACUUCGAGUAUCUGCGGCAGAAGUAUGGAGACGUGGUUGUACCGGUUGCCAACUGUGGAGUGCGGGAAUACAAUUCAAACCCCAAGGAGCACAUGCCCUUCCGUGACUAUAUCGAUUACUGGAAGGAGUACAUCCAAGGAGGUUGCUCCUCCCCUCGGGGCUGCCUCUAUCUCAAGGACUGGCACCUGUGCAGAGACUCCUUGGUGGAUGACCUGGAAGAGAUAUUCACCCUGCCUGUGUACUUCUCAUCAGACUGGCUGAAUGAGUUCUGGGACGUCCUCAAUGUGGAUGACUACCGCUUUGUCUACGCGGGGCCCAGGGGCACCUGGUCUCCCUUCCAUGCGGAUAUCUUCCGCUCCUUCAGCUGGUCAGUGAACAUCUGUGGGAGGAAGAAAUGGUUGUUCUUCCCGCCAGGGCAGGAGGAGGCCCUUCGGGACUGCCACGGUAACCUGCCCUAUGAUGUGACUUCCGCCGAGCUCCUGGACACUCGCCUCUAUCCCAGGAUCCAGCACAGCAGCCUACCCCUUGAAGUCAUACAGGAGGCUGGUGAGAUGGUAUUUGUGCCCAGCGGGUGGCACCAUCAAGUGUACAACCUGGACGACACCAUCUCUAUCAACCACAACUGGGUCAAUGGCUGCAACCUGGCUAACAUGUGGCACUUCUUGCAGCAAGAACUCCAGGCAGUACAGCAGGAGGUCAGAGAAUGGAAGGACUCCAUGCCUGACUGGCACCACCACUGCCAGGUCAUCAUGAAGUCCUGUACAGGGAUCAAUUUUGAAGAAUUUUACCACUUCCUCAAGGUCAUCGCUGAGAAGAGGCUUCUUGCUGAGCAAGGCCUGAAGGGGGACACAGGGGACAGCGCAGGCCCAAGGCUGGGCCUGCAGCAGGCUGCAUUUGAUGUUGGACGCCUUGCAGAUGUGCUGGCCUCUGUGGUUGCACAUCCUGACUUUCAGAGAGUGGACACCAACGCCUUCUCACCACAGCCAGGGCAGCUGCUUCAGCAGCUGGAGGAUACUGUGGCUGCUGCUAAGGCCCUUUAGUACUCUACAGUCGUGAUAUAGAAAGAAUUCUGGAGGGCAGCUUCAGAAUUGCCGCAGGGCCCCGCCCAGGCUACCCUUCCUUGAGGCCUAGGACGUACCUCAAGGCUGUGCAGGUGCAGUUCUUGCAGUGUGGGCAGACACAGUCUUGCCCAUCUAAUGCUAUUUCCCAGUAUCUAGGCCCUGGAUCUUAAGGAAAGUCCAGCCAAAACGGGAAUUUAACUCAUGGGGGCUAGAGGGAUAUUCACCCAUUUAGCCUGUAACAAGCCUGCCAAGAACUUAAUUGAGUGGUGAUCAUGAAACCGGGUUUCCUUGGAGCCUUCCAACCUCGCCUAGUGAUCCUAGGACUCCUGAGUGAUGGAUAUCCAGUCUGCUUACUUGGAGGUGACCCUGUGUGACCUGGGACAUAGAUAGAGAUGCAUAUAUGCAGUUGCCUUCCAAGCCUCUGUGUCCUCUAGUUCUGUCCUGGGAGCUCCAGCAGCUGGACUGGAAGAGUUAACCUGGGUAUGGCAAGUGGCAGGGGACUUCUUAAGAUGGAUGUUGUUCCCCUGUGGCUGGAGGCACAGUGCUAGGUGGCUAAAAAACCCCAAAUACUGAUCUAGCCAAGUCCCCAGGAUGGAGAUGAUGUGCAGGACUAGGGGGAAGUAGCAUUCUUCCCCACAACACUCCUUCAAGGCCUGGGCUCCUAUGCUAACGCUGUGCCAGCCCAUCUAACGCUGUGCCCAUCUAAUGCUGUGCUAGCCCAACUUCUGCCCAAGGGCACAGGGCUAAGUCCAGAGCAGAAGUAUAGGGAGUCUUGUAGAGGAGACAGAUACCCCAGUCUCAGGCUGGUGCUGGAUGAGGCAGUGCCUCCUUCGUUGGCUGCACUCCCUGCCUGUGCUUCUUAGAUGGAGACAAGUCAUUGCUUAAUGGCCUGCAUGGCUCCACAUAAUAUCCCAUACUUCUGGCACCUGCACGCCACCACGUUCACUGUGCUAUUUCUAGGAAUAGGGGGUUGUGGCUAAGAACAGAGGUGCACAGCCUGUGUGAGAGCCAGCUGCUUACUCUGGGCCCCAGCAUGAACCACCAAGAUGAGGCACAGCUGUACAUACAGUGUUGGACUUGUAGACCUUUUUGGAGACAGCUUUGCCUAAACCUGCAGCCUUCAUGUUCAGAGGUGGGGCCUCACAGACAGAAGGAAAUUAUAAGCAGAAUUAGCCACAGCCUUUGCAGAGAUCCUAUGCAGGACCUGGUGCCGGUGACACACCUUGUCAUCCCCAGGAAAACCCUCUGGGUAGGACCUCCUGAGAAUGUUUUUGGAGGAGCCACUUGAGGCUUAGAGCACUGAAUUUUUAAGGCACAACCUGCAGAGUGGCACUAAUGCUAAUUUACCCUGUGAACUGUAGGUCCUACACAGACUAGAUAAGUAAGAAUUUGGAUAGGGGCAGGGGCACCUGUAUCUCUGCCCUGCCUGCCACACAGGUCUCCUCUUGGUUGGGACUACUGGGGAGGUGCUGAAGCUCCGUGGCUAGGAGGAUAUCUCUUGGUGUUAGAUGUAGAAUCAAUCAAUAAAUUAAUCAAUUAUUUAUUUAUUUAUUUAUUUAUUAAUACCUUCAAGCGCUUUGCCAGCUAAAAAUAGUAACACCUCCAGUUUCAGAGCGUUUACCAGCAGCAUUGUCCCAGGGAAUCCUCAAACAUGACCAGGCAGAUAAGCCUGCCCAGGUGGUGCCUUUGAGCUCCUGACCAGGGUGUGGUAUCUGGGGCCCUGGCUCCUUUCAGUUGUGAAGACACUUUACAAAAGUGGCCCAGCAACUUAAUGGGGCAGUUAGCCUUCCUUACUCCAGAUUUGCAAAAUUAAGGAAAGUUAACACCCUGGGCCAUGUGUGACAGACAUUACCUACUAUGUACUCCCAUGACCAUCCUAACUAGAAAUAACAGUCACACAGCUCAGCAGGUAAAGGUGCUUGCUGUGCACAUCUGUGCCCCUGAGUUUGCACCCCAGAAUCCAUGUGAGUGGAAGGAGGUGUAGGAGAGGAGCCCCUUCAUCUACCUCACAGACUGCCAAAACCCUUUCUUGCACCAAGGCUGCCACAAUUUGAUGCUUGUGUAAGGACCUCUGCUCAGUAGCUGUCUGUCCAGCCUUGGAUUGUUACCACUCUUGUUGCUGAUCCUUGUAGCUAAAACUUAGUUUUUCGUGAUCUAUAAUCUCCUUAUUUUACCUUUGCAACUUCCUGUUGCCCCAACCACCAUGGGUACAGCCUUAGUUUACUGGCACGUGUUCCCACUGUGACAUGGCUAUUUACAAGAAGUAAUGUCUUUUGGAAGAUUAUUUGGAUGGACAGUUAAAUAUCCUCCGCCUAGUUAUGCCAACACUUGAAAAGCUUUAAUGAAAGGAAAACGUCCUAAUCCCAAGAAGGGCUUCCUCUGCACUCCAAUGCUUCUGGGUCCAGCCUCAACUACUGACCAAGGUAUUUAACCUCUAUUUGCAGAAUUGGAGAUAAGCCCCCACUACUCAGAUCAGAAUCUGACUAAGGGUGAUGAGUGGGUUCCACAGCUGUUCUAAACUGUUGAGAUGGAAUAAAAAAAAAAUGGGCAAAAUGCAA